AGGCACUUAUUGUUUACACUAAAAUAGAAUAUCAAAUAUGUCUAAGGGAAGAGGCAGUGCAUCAAUGAACAUGGUCAUUGUGAUUUCAAUGAUAUGCAUUUUUGUUAUAGCUAAAAAUACUAAUGCAGAAACUCACAAAGUUGGAGGACCUAAGGGAUGGACCUUCGGCAUUGUGAGUUGGCCCAAUGGUAAAACGUUUAAAGCUGGCGAUGUACUCGUUUUCAACUACAAUGCAAAGCUACACAAUUUGGUUGCCGUGGACGAAAAUGGAUACAAACGGUGCAAGACCCCGGCAGGUGCUCAAGUGUUGCGAACAGGAAAUGACGAAAUCGAGCUAGCUAGCGGGGCAAACUAUUUCAUAUGCAACGUUCCUGGUCACUGCCAAACUGGGAUGAAGAUUUCUAUCAAUGUAGAUUAGUGUUUGAUUACCAAAAAUAAAAGCAUCAAUAUUGUUGCUCCGGAAAUAAUAUAUAUGUAACUCUUUAAUGGAGUGCGUUCUUUAAGUGGUUAAAAAAAAAAUAUACUAAAUAAGUUUCAAGUCUUGCUAACUCAAUUGUGUAUAUCACUGGAGAGGGAGCAGAAAUUUGUACCAGUUAUAGAAUUAAAAAGAUAAAUAAAAAGAAAGAUAUAUAUGUAUUAAAAAUAUUAAAAUUAAA